UACAACAAAGCCCAACUCCUGUCUCCUCUUCAGCAUCCUGAGCUGAAAAUCCUCAAAAAUAAAAUCAAUGGCAUCUGAAAAACGAUGCCUCUACGAGGUACUCGGCCUGAGCAAGGACUGCUCGCCGGACGAAAUCCGAUCGACCUACAAGAAGCUAGCCCUCCAGCGCCACCCCGACAAGCUCGUCCAAUCCGGCUUGACUCACGAACAAGCUACCGCUCAGUUCCAAGAACUCGUUCACGCUUACGAGGUUCUCUCCGACCCCAAAGAACGCGCCUGGUACGAUUCUCACCGCUCUCAGAUUCUUUUCUCCGACCUCAAUUCGUCGUCGAACUCCGGUCCCAACUCCGUUGUCCCUAAUCUCUUCUCUUAUUUCUCAAACACCGCCUUUUCCGGGUAUUCGGAUUCGGGUAAAGGUUUUUAUAAGGUUUAUUCGGAUUUGUUUGAUAAGAUUUAUAGGAAUGAGGUCAAUUUUGUUAAGAGAUUAGGUUUGGGAUUGGAUAUGGUGCGCGAGGCGCCGAUAAUGGGGAAUCUGGAGUGUCCGUACAGUCAGGUGACGGCGUUUUAUAAUUAUUGGUUAGGGUUUAGUACGGUGAUGGAUUUCUGUUGGGUCGACCAAUAUGAUGUUAUGGCAGGACCGAAUAGAAAAUCUAGGAGGAUGAUGGAGGAGGAGAAUAAGAAGUUGAGGAAGAAGGCAAAGAGAGAGUACAACGAGACGGUGAGAGGUCUGGCUGAGUUUGUGAAGAAGAGGGAUAAGAGAGUGAUUGAUAUGGUGGUGAAGAAGAAUGAGGAGAGGGAGAGGAAGAGGAAGGAGGAGAGAGAGAGGAAGAAGAAGUUGGAAAGGGAGAGAAUGGAGCGAGCGAGUAGAUAUGAGGAGCCGGAGUGGGCAAGAAUAGAUGACGAAGGUGAAAAUGAUGUUGGGUUUGAGGAGGAAGUAGAGGAGGAGAAUGAGAAGAAGAUAAAUGAGUUUUAUUGUGUGGCGUGUGGAAAGAAGUUUAAGAGUGAGAAGCAAUGGAAGAAUCAUGAGCAGUCGAAGAAGCAUAAGGAGAAAGUGGCAGAGUUGCGUGAGAGUUUUGCGGAUGAGGACGAGGAUGAUGAGAGGAAUGGUUUUGAGGAAGUGGAUGGUGAGAUAGAGGAGUUAGGAGAUAGGUUUAAGGAGGGUUUAGGAGUUGAGGAAAGAGAGGUCGAAAAUGGGGUUGGUGGAUUGAGUGGUGAUGACGAUGAGGAAAAUGAGUUUUUUGAUGUUGAGGAUAGUGACAUUGCUGAGGGAUUUCAGGAUGCGGAUGAUGACGAGAAUGAGGAUGAAGAAAUGAGUAUGCUUAAAGCUAUGGUUUCAGGACAUAAGACUAGGAAGAAGGUGGCUUCGAAGCAAGAGGAUGAGGUUUCGGAACCUCAGGUUCACGUCGAGAACAUGAUUGCUGAGGAUGAGGUUAUGGAAUAUGAUAACCGCAAGAGCACAAGAAGGAAAAACAAGAAAGAGAGAGGUAGAAAGAGCACAGGAGAAGCUACAAAGAGUGGUAAAAAUGAAAGGAAGGGUGAGAAUGAGGAAGCUAAUGCCCAUGAUUAUUCACAUAUGGGGGAGGAGUCCUCUUCCCAGCCUUUUGUGGAAAUUGUGAACAAUGGUACAAGGGAUGAUCAGUCAGGAACAAAUUUCAAUAUGUCAAACCAACCAGUUGAUGGAAAUGGGACCGUAAAGGACAAAAAAGCCAAAUCGAAAAACCCUUCCAAAGGAAAGAAAUCAAAGGCAACAUCAAAGAAUUCUGGCAAUUCGUGUGAAAAAUGUGGAGAGGAAUUCGAAUCAAGGAAUAAAUUACAUAAGCAUUUAAGUGACACGGGUCACGCCUUGUUGAAGUUCAGAUGAGAUUUCCCAAUUUUUACAUCUACACUGUAAAAUUAGAUAAUGGAUUGUAUUCCAAAGUUUUGUUGGGAAAUUUUUUUUCUCAAUUUUAUUGCACGGAAUUACAUGUGGAUUAGGGUUUGAUUCAGUGCAAAAGGUGCUGACAGUGGGGA